AUUAAUAACGUGUACGUAAUUGCGUUAGUUUGGUGUUUUGUUCUGAAUGUUACUUGUAAUAUUUAAUUGUUUUCUGAAUUACAAGGACUCGUGUCAGAGCGAUCGACACAGAGUUAUUUGUUUCGUGUCCACCUUGUAGUUUUAUGAAUAGUUUGGCAAACACUUCUUUCGUGAUACGUUGCUAUGUAGUACCGGUGUAAAUGAAGCGGCGGCGUAUAGCGCGGUCGCGUGGUAAAGGGAUACCGCCUUUGAGGAUGAUGAAAAUGGCGCGCAAAUGUUGCGUGCGUAGCUGUGAGGUUGAUGUGCAAGAUGCUCGAGCCAAGGGUUUACCGCUUCAUAGGUUUCCAAAAGACAGCAAUUUGAGAAGUAAAUGGUUAGCCAGUGGUGGAUUCGAGACAACUUUUAAACCUUCACCGGGUCAGGUUGUCUGCCACAGACAUUUUAAACGUGCUGAUUACGAAGCCGCUAAGGGACAUAAAUUACUUCUGCGUAAAGGCAGUGUUCCGUCAGUUUUUGCAGAUUAUGACAAUCAUCCAGAUCCUGUGAUAAUGUCUGUGAAAUCAUCAACUUCUUAUGCGCAGGAGGAUUUGGAUCUCAUUAAUUCUGAGAUUUUAAAUUUAGAGCAAUCUAUUUCACCAUUGGUAUCUGAAGCAAAAACACAAAAGGUUGAUACCUCUAAAGAAACAUGUGCUUCUGAACCAGCAUCAUUAGUUGAUUCUUCUAAUGAGUUAGAUUCCAAAGAAAUACUUGAUAAUGGAUAUAAAAAUUCGAAUGUAAAAGAAAAAAACAGCAUAAAACAAGAAAAAGUUCCUGCACAGCAGGAAGUAAAUGAAAAUUCAGAAGUACAAGUAAAUACUGUUGCAGUGCAGUUAGGAAUUGUAGAAUCAGAUAUAGCAAUGAAGGAUAUACAAAAAAGUUUGAUCAUAAAGGAAGAAUUAAAAAACGUUAAAAUGGAGGAUGAAAAAGUAUUUGAGAAAACAGAUGAAUUAAAACCAAAGAUUUUGAACCGAGGUGGAUUAAAAUUUUUUCCUGGUGCCAAAUUAGAAGCAAAAGAUUUCAAUGAAAAAUGGUAUUCAGCUAAAGUAGUAGAAACUGAUUGGGAUGAAAGAGAAGUCUUGAUUCAUUUUGAUAAAUGGAGCUCAAGAUUUGACGAAUGGAUACCUAUGGAUAGCUCCAGAUUACGAGUAUUACAAACACAAUCAAAUGAAGAAACUUGGGAUCUGCCAUCUUCGGAAGAAAAAAUGAAAGAUUUUUCAGUAGGAGAAAGGAUACUUGCUACAUGGGCUGAUGGUAGAAAAUAUCCAGCCAAAGUGAAUGCAGUUUUAGGGAAUGAUAGGUAUGAUGUACUCUUUGAUGAUGGAUAUGCAAAGACAGUUAAAUCGUCAAAAAUGACAAAAAUUACUCCAACAUCCACAAAGCAAUUUAAUCAAACUGAAGAAUAUAUAGGAAGCAAACAAGAAAGAAGAGAUAAGAAAAGAAAACAUACAGUCAUGGAGUUAUUUCAUACACAUUCUAGAAAACGAACAAAGAAUGAAGGAGAUAAAUUAUCAAAAAAACAAGAGGUAGCAAUACAUGAAAAUGGAGAUGUACCAGAAAAAAUUGAUUUAGAUGGUACUUUGUUUGGUCCUUGUUAUGAUCCCGGAACGGAUCUAUUACGAGGAUUUGACACUAAUAUAUCAAAAAUAAAAAGUUUUCCAAAAAAGACUAAGAAAGAUAUCCCAAGAACUGAUAUAAGUCAGGAAGAUGAUGUAGGACCUGAGUGGAUAGAUGGAGAACCACAAGGAACUGAAUCUUAUAUAGUAGAUGGAAAUGAUGGGCCUCGUCGCUCAAUAAUCGUUGCAGAUAAAAGAUUACCGCCUGGAUGGCAAAAACAUUUUACGCAAAGAAAAGCCGGUACAUCUGCUGGAAAAUGGGAUGUCUUAUUUCUUCAUAAAUCAAGUGGAAAAAAGUUUAGAUCGCGAAAUGAUAUCAAAGUAUUUCUGGAAAACCAAGGGCAGUUUGAUUUUGAUCCUGAAAAAUUUGAUUUUUGUAUUCAUCGGAAAAAGAAAAACUAUGGACAAAAAGUAAAACAACCUAUUACUAUGGAUGUACCAAAAAAGAUUAAAACUUUAUUACCUAAAGCAAAAGCACCAACAUCAGAAGAUUCGUUGCUGGUUUCAACAAGUACACCAGUUACAACAUUAGUAUCUACAUCAACAACAUCCAUCACAGAUGGUGCUGUUUUCAUUGGUGGACUUCGCGUAGAAAUGGAAGACAGUGCUUACAAGUGUCCAAAACAGGGAUGUAAUAAAACAUUUCGUAAAGAGAAUCUUUUACAAAUGCAUAUAAAACAUUAUCAUCCAGAAUAUUCCAAAUUUUUGGGAUCUACGCCAAAUGUUGCAGAUUUAGCAUACGCAAGAACAAUUGGGGAAUCCGUUGAAGAUAUUAUUCCGAAAAAAUCAAAUAAUUUACUAGACAAAUGUAAUAAACUUGGAAAGAAAAAACCUGUUCAUGAGAAAACAUUAUACACUGCACCAUCAUCUCUAACGACUUUUGUUCAAUCUACAUCACCAAAAGUAAUUUUAUCAACGGCAUCAGACAUAGAAGAUGAAAUAGAUCAAGUAGAAAAAAGUAACGAUGUACCAGCAGAAGACAUUAAAUCAGAAAGAAUGUCUCCAAUUUCGAGUUAUAGCGUCGAUAUGGAUGAUGAAAUUGAAAAGAAACGAGAUGCUUCAGCAAUGUCCCCUGGAACAUUAUUUGACAUGAAAAUCAAAGAAGAAAGAACACAAACUGGCAUUAAAACUCUUCUUCCUGUAAGACCGGCAGUAUCUUCAGAGAUACAAAGAAUUGAUAGACCAAAAUCUUUAGACGAAGUUAUUAAUAUUGAUAGAAUGAAGGGUCAACGAAAACGACAAUUAUCAGAAUACAGUUCUGAUGGAUUAAAUAGGAAUAAACGACGUCAAGGUAUUCAGGAACUAGAUGAAUAUGGUGAUUUAGAUGAUAGUGCUUUGGAUACUGAUGAACCGACGACGCUUACAUAUAGAUAUAGUCGCAGAAAAUCAGAUUCCAGAAGUGAUGAAAAUAGCCAGAGUAGUCAACUAAAUGAUUCUCGCGUUGAAAAAGAUGAUACUUUGAAAGGGGAUAUUGCUAAAAAAGAUACUAAUGAUGGGGAAGAAACUGAAGGUGUUAUGAUGAUGAUUAAUGGAGAAAUGAUAAAGGUUGAACAACUGCGUAGAGAAGAAAUAAUAAAUUGUACCUGUGGAUUUAUGGAAGAAGAUGGUUUAAUGAUACAGUGCGACCUUUGUUUAUGUUGGCAACACGGGCAUUGUAACGCAAUAGAAAGAGAAAAAGAUGUACCCGAAAAAUAUGUUUGUUAUAUUUGUCAGAAUCCAUAUCGACAACGGCCAUCUAAAAAGUAUUUCCAUGAUCAAGAUUGGGUGAAGGAGGGAAAACUGCCAAUGUUAUCUGAUCGAACCAAAAAUCAGUAUCGAAUAAAUAAGAGGACGGCUAUGUUGAAACGUUCUUAUGAUUUAGUCGCAUCCCUCUUACAAAUACAGCAAGUUUUACAUAGUUUAAGAGUAAAAAUUAAUGUAGCUCAAAAAAAGGAUCAUCCAAAAUUGUACCUUUGGGCAAAAAAUUGGGAAAAAGUGGAAGUACCGAAACCAGAUAUAACACCAGUACCAAUAAUGGAAGUUACCAAAUCAGGAAAUGAUGAUUCAGAUAGUACAAUUGAACCGUCUCGUCGAGUUGAAGUGAAGACAGAAAUAAAGUUUACUUUAAAGGAUAAUCAUGAUGAAAAAUUAAUAGCUUCAGAUUCAGAGUUGAUGAAAAUUUUAGAGGAAGAUAAUCCAACUUCGGACGAUUCCAAAGUUUCGUGUAAGAAAGAAGAUCUGACAAAUGAAAAUAAAAGUCAUAUUCUUCUUGAUGCACUCACGAAAAGUGCUGCUGCUGAAGAAAAGUAUAAAAAUUCAGCGACUUCGGAAAUAAAAACGGAUACAGAUUUAUUAAAUAAUCAAAAUAUUGUAUCAGAAAAUGAUAUACCUAUACCAGCUGCUUCAGAAAACAGUAUGCAUGAGGAAUUGAAUAAACAUGAAACAUCGACGCCGAUACAGCCUUUUAUUCCACAACCAGAAGCACCAAUUGAUCCAGGGGAGUGCCGAAUGCGAUUGUUAGAACAUAUUGAACAUUUUCAAAAUCAUAUAGACGCAAGAUUAACAUUUAUUGAGGCACAAGUUUGUGCAUUAGAAGCUAUGGAUCCUGAAGAUGUAUCAUCUAGUCCAGAUAUUCAACCACGAACAAAACAAACAGUUCAAAUGCUGCUUCGAGAUUUAAAUACAGUGCGAAAGUUAGCUGCUCUAUGUUAAAUAAAAAUUAUGUUCUUAUAGAAUAUAAUUUUUCCUGAUUUUAGUUAAUCUCUUCAAUUGUUAUGUAACAAAUGCACAUUGUUCCAUAACAUUGAAUAUACUGAUAGCAAUAAUUUAUUACUGUACCAUAAAAUGUAUGUACAGUCAUGAUCGAACAGAUUAUUUAUAUUAUAUUAGUAUUAUU